UCAUUGCUCUUUCUCUUUUCUGCAAAAUGCGUAAAUAUUAUGUUACGUUGAUAUUAUUUUCAUAUUAUCCAUAAUAAUUUAAUCGUGACUUUAAAUUAAUAACAUUGAUAUUUAGUUGUGAUUGCAUUACAAUGGCUGAGAAUCCUAGCAGCGAUGGUCUUUCGGAAGCUGAAAGAUUAAGAGAAGACGAAUUAGCUCAGGAAUUGGAACACAGCGAUUCCAAUGAAGACGAUUCACAAGAGAUAUCAUUAGAAAUCGAAGAAAAGUUGUUGAAAGAUGAACCAGAAUAUACAACACUUGUGAACUAUGGAGAGAGUACACAAAACCCUAACAUGGAGAGUGAGGUAAUAGAAACCUAUUCUGACAGUUCCCAGAAUGUGGAGACUAUACACAGAGCUGACGAGUUAGGCAACAUUUACACUGAAAACUCGGACACAUUUGUGGGUUCACAACCAGACACUCUCACUGAUCAAUAUGAGCCGUACAUCAAUGAAUACUCAUUUGAUCACUCAAACUUAGAUCAGCAGCAAGUGGAUAUGAUUGAUGAAAAAUAUGACAAAUUGGAUGAAGACAACAAGGACAAUACUAUUGUGCCAAAUAUUAAUGAGUUCCAACAGAGUGAACCGGUUGAGUAUGAAUCUCAGAUAACAGAGGAAAUGCUGAUCAACGAGCGGGAAAGAGAAAAGAAGAGUAAGAAGGAAUUGGAAGAGGAGGAACGUGAAAAGAUGCAAGUUCUGGUAUCAAACUUCACGGAAGAGCAGUUGGACAGGUAUGAAAUGUACCGGCGCGCUGCAUUCCCCAAGGCUGCUAUAAAAAGGCUGAUGCAGACAAUCACAGGGUGCUCUGUCGGUCAGAAUGUUGUGAUAGCCAUGUCUGGUAUUGCUAAGGUAUUCGUUGGAGAAGUUGUUGAGGAGGCUCUUGAAGUAUUAGAUAAAUCAGGUGAAGCAGGUCCGUUACAACCUAAGCACCUACGAGAGGCUCUACGAAGACUUCGGGUAAGAGGCGCCAUACCAACAAGAAAAGCACAUAAGAGUAUGUUCAGACUUUAGCUACUAAACUCUUAUUAGAUUUGAAUGUAAUUCUCUAACAUUUAAGAACAAAACAAUAAUUAUUUUGUAGUUUGAUUAUGCUGUUGACGUUGUAAAUAAAUUAGUAUUGAAUGUUUAAAAGAAUUGUGUAAAAAUAAUGUAAAGUAUGAUUGCAAAUAAGAUUUACAGUUUUUUGGUGUCAUUAAAAUGUAAAGGGACAUACCUUCUAUAUGAAACUCUAAAUGAUAUAAUGUCAUUGUGUUACUAAUAUGUAGAAUACUAAGUGCCCUUGAAAAGCAAUAAUACCUAAUUGUUAUUAUACAGACCGAUUUAUAUAGUUUGAGGAGUUAUGAAUACUCACUUGUUCCAAACUCUCAAUAAAAUUAAUGCAGCGUCAAAA